ACCAUCCCCACUUCGCUUUCUCAUCUCACAGUUUACAUAUCGUGUUGUGUUUGGCAGCUGAAGUGAAGAAGAAAUUAUUAACAAAAGCACCGAGAAGCAAAUUAAGGAAGAAAAAUGGGAACAGCCACCUGCGUAGACAUCAUCUUGGCCAUCCUCUUGCCCCCUCUGGGUGUCUUCCUCAGGUUCGGCUGCAAGGUGGAGUUCUGGAUCUGUCUGUUGCUGACCAUCUUAGGUUACAUCCCUGGAAUUAUCUAUGCUAUUUAUAUCCUCACCAAGUGAUCAUCCCAUCCAUAGGGUACCUGUGUAUAUAAGUGUAUUCCCCUUUCAACGGCAGGUCCGGAUGUGGGUCAGCAUGGAUAUAUAUUCUCCUUUGUUGACACGUACGUGGGACGGAUGUAUGAAGGCUUGAUAAACAAAUUAAUGCUGUUUUGUUGUGUUGUCAUCUUCUAAUUCAGUUUUCUUCUUUGAAUUUGGUGGUUGGUUUUGUGCCUUAUUAUUGUAUACGGUAGGGCUUUGGUUUGUCAGUGAUGAUGGCUGCAGAUUAAUGUUGUAUUUUAAUUAAGACCACAAAUUUAAUUCCAUGUGUCUGAAUUAUUUCUUUUGUA